CCGCGACUUCGGCUUCGCAACUAGCAUUGGUUCCUUGGGUUUAUUUCGUUUUCCUCUCUCUUCUCCCCCUUAGCCGCCCCUUUCGCGCUGCGCUGUAGCGUGCUCUCACAGCCUUUUUGCCUCGAACUGAAUGCAGGUGGGAAACAGGUCGGCGUUCCGAAAGACACCGAGUAGGUAGAAAUAAGGCAAACUCACAGAGGCGCAACAGGUCCGGUCCUCCGUGGCCAGGGCGAGCCGCGGCCCCGCGCGGCGCCUCGGCCGCUGUCCCUCGGACCCUGAGCGGCCGCUGUCGGGGACCUCGGAAGAGGUGUCGGUCCUCUGGGAGUCGGAAGAGCUGCCUGGGUGGGUUUCGUCUUGCUUUUUACCCCACCGCCACCCAGUCCCCGGACGGAGGGUGCUUUUCACUUCCAGCUGGGAGGAGAGAAGAAAGCGGGGAUGGUGCACGCCUGCGGGUCUGGACGCUGAGCAAGGCAGGGGAUUAUUUGAGGUGUAGAGGGUGGGAAGCGAAGCCGAGACGGCCGACCCGGCCACUAUGCUGCUGAAGAAGCACGCAGGGAAAGGAGGGGGCCGGGAGCCCGGAUCCGAGGACCCGAGCCCUGCCGAACAGCAUUGUGCCCGGACCAUGCCCCCGUGCGCCGUCAUGGCGGCCCUCCUGUCAGUGGUGGCCGUGGUGUCUUGCCUGUACCUGGGUGUGAAAACCAACGACCUCCAGGCGAGGAUCGCGGCUCUCGAAUCCGCCAAAGGGGCCCCUUCCAUUCAUCUGCUGCCUGAUACCCUGGAUCACCUCCAGGCUAUGGUGCAAGAGAAAGUGGAGCGACUUCUGGCUCAGAAAUCCUAUGAACAUACGGCUAAAAUAAGAAUCGCAAGAGAAGCACCUUCAGAAUGUAACUGCCCAGCAGGCCCUCCAGGGAAACGAGGUAAGAGAGGCCGAAGAGGAGAAUCUGGUCCUCCUGGUCAGCCUGGUCCUCAGGGCCCUCCUGGUCCAAAAGGCGAUAAGGGAGAACAAGGUGAUCAGGGACCUAGGAUGGUGUUUCCUAAAAUCAAUCAUGGGUUUCUCUCUGCUGAUCAGCAGCUCAUUAAACGCCGCCUGAUUAAGGGUGACCAAGGACAGGCAGGGCCUCCAGGACCCCCUGGCCCUCCAGGACCAAGAGGGCCACCUGGGGACACAGGGAAAGAUGGCCCCCGUGGAAUGCCAGGAGUACCCGGUGAACCAGGAAAACCAGGAGAACAAGGCUUGAUGGGUCCUCUAGGGCCUCCGGGACAAAAGGGUUCUAUUGGAGCACCUGGAAUUCCAGGGAUGAAUGGGCAAAAGGGUGAGCCCGGGUUGCCUGGAGCAGUAGGACAGAAUGGAAUACCAGGACCAAAGGGAGAACCUGGAGAACAAGGUGAAAAGGGAGACACUGGAGAGAACGGCCCCAAAGGUGACACAGGCGAAAAGGGUGACCCUGGAUCAUCUGCUGCAGGAAUUAAGGGAGAACCUGGGGAAUCUGGUCGUCCAGGGCAAAAGGGUGAACCAGGGCUUCCUGGGCUUCCUGGACUUCCGGGGAUAAAGGGAGAACCAGGUUUCAUUGGUCCUCAAGGAGAACCAGGCUUACCAGGUUUACCAGGAACAAAAGGUGAACGGGGGGAAGCAGGGCCUCCUGGAAGAGGUGAGCGAGGGGAACCUGGAGCCCCCGGACCAAAGGGGAAACAAGGUGAAUCAGGAACUAGAGGCCCAAAGGGGUCAAAGGGGGAUCGUGGAGACAAAGGGGACUCUGGAUCUCAGGGACCAAGGGGUCCACCUGGUCAAAAAGGGGAUCAAGGAGCCACUGAGAUCAUAGAUUACAAUGGCAACCUCCACGAAGCCUUACAGAGGAUUACCACCUUAACUGUCACGGGUCCCCCUGGACCUCCUGGACCUCAAGGAAUACAAGGGCCAAAGGGAGAGCAAGGAUCUCCAGGAAUCCCAGGAAUGGAUGGAGAGCAGGGACUCAAAGGCUCAAAGGGAGACAUGGGGGACCCAGGUAUGACAGGUGAAAAAGGAGGAAUUGGACUUCCUGGAUUACCGGGAGCCAAUGGAAUGAAAGGAGAAAAAGGAGAUUCUGGAAUGCCAGGUCCACAGGGUCCUUCUAUCAUAGGCCCACCAGGCCCACCAGGUCCCCAUGGUCCACCUGGCCCCAUGGGACCUCAUGGACUUCCUGGACCAAAGGGUACAGAUGGUCCUAUGGGACCCCAUGGCCCUGCAGGUCCCAAAGGAGAAAGAGGUGAAAAAGGAGCUAUGGGAGAGCCUGGACCAAGAGGGCCCUAUGGGCUGCCUGGGAAAGAUGGAGAGCCUGGUCUUGAUGGCUUCCCUGGUCCACGGGGUGAGAAGGGUGAUCUAGGAGAAAAGGGAGAAAAGGGAUUCCGUGGCGUUAAGGGGGAAAAAGGGGAGCCAGGCCAGCCUGGCCUGGAUGGGCUGGAUGCCCCUUGCCAAUUGGGGCCAGAUGGCUUACCCAUGCCUGGCUGUUGGCAAAAGUGAUGAAUCUAACCUUUCAAGCAUGAAGUUGUGUAUAUAAUGGUCCAUUUUUAAUAUUUAUAGUUGAAAACUGAAUUGCAGAUUUUACAAGUCUGAGAUAUGUUUACAUAGGGCUGCUUCUUCCUGCUGGCAGUAGUAUACAUGUCCAUUUUUACUCCACUUACAUCUGAAAUUGGGCAAUUUGUGAAACCAGUGAGAAUCCUGCAAAAAAUAUAGAACGGUAUCUCUUUAUCUUAUGUGAAGAUACGUAUUUAUAUGGACAAAUCAGUGGUAGAGAAUGAUUGAUUGUACUAGCUAUUUUCCUUCUUUGGGCUUGCUAAUUGCAUGGACAAAAAGUGCCACGAAAUAGUUUACAUGAAAUGGUGACCAAAUAUGGACUCAAAGCUAUGAAAAUGUACUAUACUGACUGAUUUUAGAGUUAUCACAUUCCCAUUCACCAUUCAUGUUGUCAUUGACUCAUACCUACACCACCCAUUGAAACUAACUAAAAAAGCAUGACUAUGUCCCAAACCUGCUUGCUGUGCAACUUCAAAUGCUAGCAUGCUGAUCACAAGUCCUUUGAUUACAUCUGAACCUUUAUUCCUUUUGUCAUCUCAAGGGAGUUACACCAUGGCUUAUUGCCAAAAAGAGAUAAGGUGGUGGAGAGCACACACACAAUUUGUCUUGUAUUUUGAGGGAGUUGCAGUCCUGACUGCAGAUCUACAGCUUCCAGUAUUGUGGGCUCAUGUGGCCACUUUGGUUGAAAUACGAAGGGGUUGAGCCUGUUGCUGCCGCCAGUUUUCCUUGGGCUGCCCUUGGCAGUGAAGACACGGGAAGAGGACCGAUUGAGCCUCCAGCACUGCCUCUCGUGUGACCAAGUAGGAAAGAGGUUUACAAAUGCAAACAUGCAGAACCACAGACUUUAAAAACAUAUAUAAAUAAACUGAAUUUCAGCAAGUGUUAAUAUAGGUGCUUUUAAAAAUGACAGAGGCACAGCACUUCUUUUGGAAAUAGGAGAUUCUUAGAAUGGGAGCUCCUGUCCCUGAGGGAAAAGGAAUUAACAUCCCACAAAAACUUGGGUUGCUGAAGAAAUAACAUGUUCUGAGAAGGGAUCAGCCAAAAUCGCCUCUCCCAAUGAUGUAGGAGAGCUUACUGGGACAAUCUGUGCCAAAGUUGUUGUGAGAGCUUUCCUUCCUCCUAAGAUCCAACCAUGUCAAACAUUUCCUACAAAGUUCGAGAAACAGAAAGGUAUUUUUCAUUCUUUUUAAUGCUUUUUUCUUUUUCUUUCUUUAGUCCCAAGAAUAUUGAAAAA